AUGGACACCAACGGGGCCGCCGGUGCCGGCGCCGAUCCCGUCAUCGCGAGGAUUCACGAAGCGCUCAACAUUGUCCACAGCCCCUACUCUCCCAACCAGGCCCGACAGGAAGCUCAGGCAUUUCUGGAAGAAGUCAAGACCCGCGGUGACGCGCCCUCGCACGGUUUCAGCCUUGCUUCCGGAGGCUCUCAAGAACCCGUCGUUCGCCACUACGGCCUGUCUCUUCUCGAAUAUGCGGUCAAGCACAAAUGGUCCGAAUAUGACACCAACCAACGCGAGUUUCUCCGCGGUUGGAUCUUGCAACUGGCACAGGGUGUCGCAAAAUCAGAUCCGCCCUUUCUCAGAACAAAGAUGGCCCAGCUCUGGGUCGAGAUAGCUAAGCGCUGCUGGGUUGCGGAGUGGAUGGAUAUGGACGUGUUGCUGAACCGCCUAUGGCAGGUUCCGGGCUCAUCCGUGCACAAGGAGUUCGUGCUCCUGAUUCUCGAAAUCUUGUCCGAGGAGAUUUUCAACGGAGAAGACGCCAUCGUUGCUCAUAGAGAGGGGGCGCUGAGCAAGGGGUGCGUUGAGAUCUUCACCCCUUCUGCAGUGCUCAGCGAAGCCUUCCCAACCCGUCAACACGAACCCCAGGCUGCUUUGGAGGCGUUGCAUUCUCUCUAUUCUCGGUCAGCAUUCAGCAGCGAAGAGUUCGUCGAUCUGGUUGUUCCCAUGUACAGCCCCGAGUCGGUUGACCUCUGCAGACGACUUUUUGAAUGGUCGACAGUGGACGCUGAGGACAUUGACGACGACAAGUACCAGUUUGCCAAGAAAUUCUCCGAGGCAAGUCCCGCUAUAGGGAAAACUGACAUGGUUCUUCCCCUGCUGGACGUCUGUAGCUCUCGACUGUUGCGCUAUGAGAGCCUUCCUGAAGAUACGGAAGAUCCUACGUUUGUUCUUCUCAUGGAGGAUACCGAUACCAUCCCGGAGAGACAUGCUUUCCUGGGUAACUAUAGGCGAUACAGUUGUUCUAUUAUCGAAAGCAUCAUCCAGCUGAGGCUCACGGAUGCUUUCCAGUACAUCUUGAGCCAGGCAGAGAAUGCUUUGCAAACUCUAUAUGAGGGACAGCCACCCCUAAAUCCGGCAACCUACCUCAAAAACUCCAUGCCCGUUUUGAGAGUUGACGCCCAUGCCACGGUCAUUGAGGCAGCCCUCAAAGGCUACGUUAAGUGGAGGGCAAGACAAGGAGAACUCCCUGGAGGAGACCAGGAAAUUUCGAGUAUCGAAACACAUCUCGAGCAGUGGUGUAGUAGGCUGUUGGAAAUGAAUAUUGAGGACCCUCUGAUCCGUAAACGUAUCCUCCAGCUGCUUGUCGCCUUCUCCACUACGGCUCUUGACACCAAAGCCAACUUCAUGCUGAGGGUGCUCGAGCAUAUUCUUAUGACAUGGCCUGCAUUGCAGCCUGAGCACAAGACCUUCAAUGAUGCCAUCAGGGAUCUCCAAACUGAAAGCAUGGUCGAAUUGCAAAGGCUCGCCUCCAAGAUGCCUGAUCAUUUACUGGACGUCUACGACCAACUUGAGGUUAAGGUCAAGGAGAUGAUCGCCUCUGGAACUCUCGAUGAGAAGCGCCAGAUUGCGUAUCGCAGUUUCCUCUUUAUCAUCAUCCACCGAGCAACUCGCAUAGACCAAGAAACGCGGAUCAGACGUCUUUCUGAGUUCGUCGAGCCGGUCAAAAACCAGUGGAAGGAAGCCCCGUUGCGACAAUCACUCAGCUCAUUCGAGGGAUUCUGCCAGCUCAUCGGUCUAGACAAGGCGCAAAACUACAUUGCACAGCGCCGUGUUCACCAAGUUGGUGAUUGGGGUGCGGUGGAACUUGAUGCCGAAGGGUUGGCGCUUCAAGCCGAACUUGAACAGAGACAAACGUUCCUUCCGUUACGUUCAACUAAGUCAUUUUUGACCUACUCUGUCGAGAAACUGGAAAAAAAUUCUCCUGCUUAUCAAGCAUCCUGCGCCCUGUGGCAGGACGGGUUCCCGACCAUUUUACCAGAACUGCUCAAGUUUUUGAGCUACGCACAUGCGUGCCAUGAUCCGAAAAACUGGUCUUUGCUCCCAGAAGAGAUGCGUCCUGUUGUCAGCCGUCUCCUGACUGACCGCUUUUGGCAAGCCGGUAUUUCGGAAGGCAGCAAAGACGACUUCUAUGCGCGAGUCCUGGACAAGAAGAACACGCUAGAAGGGCUUGCCUCCACCAUUCGUGGAACUGUGCGCUUUGUCCGCGAGGCAUGCUACGCCGUUAUCUACUGCAUGAGCCGACUUGAUGUGCAGUUUUAUGGGUUCACGGAACUUCCUGGACCUUUGGCAAACGCCUUGUUCGCCGAUUCGUUCAGCCUCUCAUCUCAUCAGCUUAUUAAUCUGCUGAACUUGGUGAGGUAUCUCGUUGAUCACUGUCCUGUGGAGCUAAGGGAUCAUUUCCUACCUCCCAUCCUAGCCGCGUGCUUCCAGCAGAUGGAUGCCAAGAUCAGCAGCGAAUGGGAGAAGCUGGGCCAAAAGCAAACCGUGCAGGUCGCAGAUAAUGAGGAACUAACGGAGGAGAUGAAGGCGGAAAGCAUACUCAGGCAACUGACAUAUACCGCAGCCAUCAUGGUGGCUGAAUUCCUUGACCCGGCAAGGACCGGACCACCUAGCAACCUUCCGGCCUCUCCCAACGGCACCACUCCGGAAUCUCGGCAUCCAUCACUUCGGAGAUUCUGUCUCAUGCAAACGUCAAUCGCCGGCCCUCUCCUACUAUUCCUUUGCCACGCGAUUCACAUGCGUGAUACCAGGUGCUGUGGCGUCGUCCUGCGCGUUUUCCGAUCUAUCGUACCGGAGUUCCAGAUCCAGACGGGUCAGCCUAGAGAGCAAAAGGAACCCUCUCAUCCAUUGCUACCUGAUGAGAACUACCCUAUUCCCGAUGCUACCAAAGCGGAAAUUCACCAGUUCCUCGGCACCGACGUGAUGCGAGCCGCGAUCUCCUCGAUGAACGAUCCUUAUUUCGUUGACACCCAGAAGGACCUUGCGACACUGAUCGCAACGAUCCUUUCUCACUAUUGCGUCGGCGAUGAUUUCUCGGGAGGUAACUCCGCGCCCCGCCAAAUUCUCUGCUCACUGCCCGGGAUUAAGGAACAGGAAGUGGAUAGGACGCUUACUUUCCUGCGACGCCCCGGGACACAUUCGCGCCAACAACGCGCUGUUGUGCUCGAUUUGUUGAGAAAUGUCAAGAGUGUGAGCAUUAGUGAGAUGGGCAAGCUCAAGGACCCUAGAGAAGAUCUUGUCAAGAAGGCUCCUAAGAGGAGCAAGAUGGCCCAGAAAUUCAUGACACCUCAGCAGGGCGUCGAUACUACCGUGACUGGUACUGAACAAGGAACUGGCAAGAGGCAAGCGACUCCUGAUCUAGAAGGAGUCGCCGGUAGCAAUGGCACACAAAAGCUCUAGGAUUAGGAUCUCCUAUAUGCUCCCCAGGGGGCUCUGGAGGUUCUUGGCUGCUUCGCAAUAACUUUGAAUCUUCAUACGCA